AUGGAGGGACUUAAAGCGGCUCUGUUUGUAGCCGUAUUUCUGGCGAAUCAGUUAGCUCAUGGAUUAUCGUCGCCCGCGACAGUUCCAGCUUUCUUGUGGUCUCCUCACAAUUACAUGUGCGGUCCCUUCUCUUUUUUGACUUGGAUAUUUGAGGAUAAUACCCAAGCAGAUGGAUUGAAUCGCUGUCUUAUCUUAUAGUAGUUUUAUUGUUAUCAUUGUGAGUUUUGUUCCCUUCUAACACAGCUUAGUUGUCUCUUUGAUCUCUUUCCCUUUACAUUUAUGAGGUUUGUAAAUAUGGUGACCACAGUGUCUGAAAUAAGUAAGGAAACUAAUGAAGUUACAGUAGAAAAUCAUGGCUGCCAUAACAAAAGGCUCCAAAAAUAUAUCUUAAGGAACAUCUGGGUUUAAUGAACGUGAUCACGAUAUUGGCUGGACUUUAUACCGUUCACCACCAACUCUGGGAUGGUAACCGACCAAAUGAAGUUCUCGAUUGACACAGCAUGAUACCUUAUCGAAAAUGCAUCCACUAUUUUUGUGUUUUAUGUAAAUAACCGUGUGGUUAAUGUGCAUUAUUUUGAGUAUUCUUAACUAAAAAUCAUCGAUGAUUGUGCUUGUAGCUCUCUAGAUAUUUGCUUCCUUCUUCUAGUGGGUGAUCUUUGAUCUAUUGACUAAAUGGUUUAUGGUCUGGAAUAUUUGCUGAGCGGAUGUUGGGUUGUUUCAGAGACCCUCUUAGAUUCCUGGCCUAAAUACUGCUACAGAGAUUUAGAUUUUCGCCGUUUGUAAACUUGGCAAGCAUUAUGCCUAAAUGCUUCUGAGUAUCAGUGGCUACUACAGAGAUUUAGAUUUUGACGCAUAGUAAAUGUGGCAGAUGCUAAACGUUAUUUUAAUGGCUUGAGGAAUGUUUUUGUUAGAUAAUUAUCAAAGCAUUUAAUUUAUGGCCCUAGUGCCUGUAAUUGUCUUAAGUAAUAAAGUUCAUUUUCAGCUUCAUAGCCUAAAUGUCGGGCAUAUUCUUGCAACAGGCUUUAGAAGCUCUUAGGGGAAAGUAGGUCUUAUGCAUUGAGUAUUAUUGCACUUCUGGAUGGUUAGUUUGAUUCAGUUGUGGAUGACAUAAAUUUUUUGUGGACAAGGCCUUUUCCACGGAGUGGUUCCUGGUUUUUCAUGCACAUUUGUUGAUUUUUUAUUUAUUUUUCAUGUUUUUUCGUUUUACGUCUUAAAUGAUUCUCCAUUGUUUCAGAGGUGUUAUGUACUUUAUUUACCAUUCAUUUUCUGGUGGUGAAGAACCCAUUAUAUGUAUAUUACAUGUGGGAAAGCGAGAAAAAAUUCCAUUAUGCAUAUUAUUGAUGGAUCCUUUAGGUAGGAUCUUUAAAGGGACAUGGAAAUCUGUGAAUCAUCACGUACAUUAUUUGUGGAAGGGUACCUAAGGUUCACUGAAUCUUUUUGUUCUUCUUCUAGCCAAAAAGAUAUAUCUUACUGCAAAUUCCUGCUAGCCCAUGUUUGAACUGGUUUUUUCACAUCAAGUCUUAAAUCUCUCCCAAACCAUAUUCAUAGAGAUUUUAUGUCUGCACAAAAGACACUGCUAUUCAGUACUCCAACCAAGAUGAAGACUAUCAUGUUUACAGGACGUUUUCCUUCCUUUUUAUAGCUCAACUUGGUAUACUCAAAAGAAGCAGUCAUUUCAUCUACCGGAUUUACAUUCAUUCGUUACUGUUUGAGACCGGUAUUAUUUAUGGUAUCGUCUUACUCGUUCUUGCUUGUGUUAUUGUGCUAAAUUCCAGUUGAAACGAGGGAGUGCAAUUUAUCUUGAAAAGAAAACGGCGAAAACCUGAAAUUUGAAAUUCCACUCCGUGUACAUGUUCUAGUAUAAGUUUUUCAAAUUGUUCAUUCGUUCAAACAGAUAUCUUCUGUCAAUCAGCGUUCUUCUUCUUCUUCCUAUUAUUAUUAUUAUUAUUAUUAUUUUACCAUGAGGCAUCUUAGUACAUUUGGUUGUACACCCACUGUUAUCUUACCAAACGCAUCUGUAUACUUGUACUUAAUGGGCCUUCUGACAACUGGUAAUAGGUUGGAGAGCUGAUGACAUGCAUUGAUCCACUGUUUUCUGCAAAGUCACGCAUUAUCUUGGAAUCUAUUUUCAGAAUAACAUGGGAUUAUGAAAAAUCAUGUUUCUUGUGAUACAAGCAUUGUUGGUUUUGAUUCCUGGUUUACAUUUACUUACAUUUAUUGGUAUUCUUAUUUCAAUAAUAAAAACCUAAACUUAAAAUCUCAAUUUGUCGUAGAAACUAUGCUCUCCAAGUUACCUAUCACUAUGGGGAAUGAUGUUUCUUAUGAUACAAAGUUUGUUGCUUCGAAUGACUUGUUUACAUGUAUAUAAACAUAUGUAAAUAUACACAUACGUGUAUGGAUUGAUACUCCCCUCCGAAUAUAGAAUCUCAGUGUGAUUUAAAAUUACGUGGAAUAAUGAUUAGUGAUGUUUCUUAUGACACAAGUUUCUAGUUGUUUUAAAUGCCUGAUUUACAUAUAUUUGCGAGUAAUGUUUUUCUUAUUCCAAUAUUGAAACUUUUACCAAAAUCUCAUUUUGUCAUGUCAGAGGAUCGCAAUCUGGGGUGAAAGAAGUCGUUCGCUACUCUAGGAUCUCCCCAAAGGAGUUAACUGAAUCAGUUCUCUCCGAAGGAAGUUGGUCAAACUUAUUGGUAUAUUUCAUCCAUGGAUUAUCUGUAACUUAACUAAAGUGGUCCAUUAUUUUCUUUCUUUCUUUACAUAUUUAAGUUGUGCAAGCAGUCAGAAUGGUAAUUUUCUCUAACAACGGGGUACCUUCCUUUAGUGUUCUGCGGAAAAUCUUCAAGAUGAUGUGGAUAUUGCGCUUGUUUUUAUUGGGGGAAAGGUAAGGCAGCCUUUAGAUUAUUAGCUUCUCAAUAAUCUGCAGACAUGCAUACAUGUAUCAUCCUACUAUAGCUGGAAUUUUCUUCUUACGAUGCUGAACCUUCAUCCUUCAGUUAAGAACUUCUGACAUUUCUCGAAGUACAUCAGACCCAUCUCUUGUGGACUCACUGAAGGUAAACCAUCAAACUCUCUCUGCAUGCCGCUUAUUUGUUCCAUUGCCUCUCCCAAUAUUCAACUUUUAUUUUCGGGCUUACAAACUUUGUGUGUGUCUGUAUCUCCUAACAGCUUGCUUUCACUCGCUCCAAUGUCUCAAUGGCAUUCCCGUACGUUUCUGCAUUAGAUGAGGGAAAGGUACUGGAGACCUCUUUAGUUUCAGGGCUCACUGAGUUCUGUGGCCACGGACUGGGAGUGAACCGUGUUGCAUACUUGGACUCAUGCUCUAUUGAUAGGACAGAUUUUACAAAGCUUCAAGGGCUCGACUCACUUCAUGUAAUCAAGUUCCUGUUAUUCAUUUCCAUCAUUCUAUCUUUUCAAGUCAAAGCUUGACAACCUGAUGGUGAUUAUGAACAGGAACAUCUGAGCUCCAAGAUGGAAUCGCCCACGAGUGUAAAGACAGACCUGGUGGUUUUCUGCAGUGGAGGGGCCGAGCAAGUGGAAAAUUCUCAAUCAGAUGGUAUAUUCUGUUCUAAAUCUGGUUUGGUUCCUUUAUACAGAGUGAACGUUCAUUGUAUUUUGCGUGAUGGGAUCUGCAGGGGAGAUACUCUCUGAACUUAUCACUUCUCUUGAGCAAUUGGGUGCCAAGUACUCAGUCCUCUAUGUUUCGGACCCACAUAGAGCAGGCCAACCUUCUCCAUAUCCGUCACUGGGGAGGUUCCUCGCAGAAGGAGCUGGUCAGAAUGGGUCGGCCAGCCUAGCUUUCUGUGAUGGUGUCUGCCAAAUCAAGUCAUCACUUCUGGAGGGCCUCUUUGUCGUAUGUGUCUCGAACUUGACUCGACACAUCUUUCUGGUCUACUGAUGAUCACAUUCUGAUGCAUCUUGUUCAUUGUUUUAGGGGGUUGUUCUUCUAAUCAUACUAAUUUCCGGGCUCUGCUGCAUGAUGGGAAUUGACACACCAUCGCGGUUCGAGACAUCCCAAGAGUCGUGA